AUGCCCAAUAAGAAUUUGAAUGAGGAAUGGAGGCCAACGAUGUAUGGCAAUGAAAUAGAGUACAUAGUGGCACAGCCAUGGUGGCAAACCCCGCCAUUUGAAAAAGCCAUGACUCACCAUGCUUCCACGGGAGCUACCGUGUUCCGAUCGCAAGCACAUGACAAGCCUUGGUGUCAGAUGAAAGACGUUUUCGAUCCGUAUUGGGAUGCCGUGUGGGUAGUGUGGGAUGAGGAAGAGCAAGAGAGAACUGCAAGGGAAAAUGCCAGCAUACCUGCACUCCCCGAUCCAUAUUGGGAUGCCACGUGGGAAGUGUUGAAUCAGGAAGAGCAAGAGAAAUCUGCGAGGGAAAAAGCCAGAAUACUCGUCUGGAAGGCUAUAUACGAGACGACACCAUGGGACCUCUUCGACUGGGAGCCCAAAGUGCAGUGGGCGGCGCAUGUCCAGGCAGAUGACGGGACAACAAGCCAGCUGUCAAAGCAAGAAGCUCAAGGCAAGGCUUACCGAAUCCAACACGAGACCACAAGAACUCAUCCCUGGCUCAAUGGUAGACCUAUUGGGAUGCAGUACCAGGCUGAAACACCGGACAUGGAUAGUCAGCCUGUGUUGGACCAGAUCGCACCGCCGCCAUCUACUUUCAGUACCGACUUGUCUGACUUCCUCUUGAAACCAGAAGUUAUCAGACUAUUGGACAUGCUCACCCCUACGUUGAGCCGGCUGCAUGAGAGCGGGUGUCAUUGA